CUCGUUACACUUCCUUAUUUCAACCUAAUCACACUAUACGCUCUUCGAAUUCACUACUACCUGCUUCACGGCACAAGUCAGGUGAAGAGUCCUCGGCUCACUUUCUCUCACCUUUGAAAGGCAGGGAACGUCGGAGUGUUUCCACCAUGCCUGGAAGAAUCAGACCUGAAGACCGGUUCCGGUUAGUGGUGAACAGAGCUUCUUCAGCUGCUAUGCUGCAUGGUGGCAGUCGUGAUCUGAAUAGCCUUGACGACCUUGCAUCAUCUAGGCCGAUCCCCUUGAGUGCUCUGUGCGGCAGAGCUAACUCAAGGAACAAAGGUUCAAGAUCCUGGAAAUCCAUACCGCUUGAUGUAGACGGAGAGACUACAGGUGACCCUGUGAGCAAUGUAAUCCUAUCCGAAGUCAGCCAUUACAAACCUCGUUCUCGUCUCUCCGCCAUGCAUCAAUCCAACAACGAGGAUGGAUAUUACCAAAGGAAUAAUGGUACGGUGCGACUCCAAGCCCCCGAUGAUCGCUUGGGACAUAGAAGCGACCCUAUGGGACAGAGCUGGUCCAGAGAAAUGAAUGCUCAAAUCCAACAAAACCCUCUGAGCUAUUCUGCUGGGUAUGAUUCCCCUUAUCACAAUUCACUCUCGCAGCGGAAUAGCUACAUCUCUGAGAGUCCAUUCAUAAGGGGUGAAAACUACUUCCAACCAGAACAAACUAGCUGGUCAACAGAAUCAUACCACUCGAUCUCUGGUGUACUUGGUGGUGCAAUGCAGCAGCCUGAAGGUUACGCUCAGGGCAUCUAUACCACGAAUUUGAUGCCAAAUCCUGCCUUACAUGCUUAUGGAACAGAUUCUGGGCGUCCAUAUACCCCAUCAUCUCACGAAUCAUUAGCACAUCCGGUUCAUGGCCAUCAUGAUCAAAUGAGUUUCUAUCAGCCAUCUCACAUGUUGCAAUAUUCGAUGCCAGGGCUCCAGCACGAGCAAUACAUUGGUUAUGAAUCUACCAUCCAAGCCGAAGAUGCAUUCCCAACAUACAGAGAUGGUGUGAUCUUGACAACAACCUCAAAUCCAAUUGAGAUGUCUUCUCAAACACAGACAGCAAAGUCUUCGCCAAUUCCGCCCUCGACUCCUGCGUAUGAUUUGGAUAAGAAGAUCGGAACAAAGUUCAACCAAUUUGAUGUGGUGAAACCUCAUGGUGAGACUAAAAAGUGCGGCUCUAAAGAGGAAAUGGCAGCCUAUCUCAAUGAUGUUGUUCACAAGGCUCAGUUGGAUACUAAACAAACGACACUGCACGAUCCUUUCGUGGAAACAAAGGCUCCCCUUGUCAGCGAACGUCAGGAGCAGGACUAUAAGGCAAAACAAAACCUGCAUGUACAAAAAAAAUCGGAGGACCAGAUUAUUAAAGAGUCUAUAAAGGAACUCCUGGAACGAAAUGAAACAUUCAAGCGACACUGUCAAGCAGCUCCCGUCCAAAAGCCAGGGCCAAAGAAAAGUGACGCACAAGACCAAAUCAAUGAGAAGAGAGCAGACCCCUUCGAGAGCCGAGCAGGAAACUUGAGUACAGCCAGUGGGAAAAUUUUGAAACCUCCUCCAGGGCUCCCCAAGCCCGCUGCGCAUAAUAUGAUGAUAGAAUGCUCACCUAUUGAGCAACGCUCUCUGCUUGAGAAACAUAGGCUUGAAGAAGCAAACUAUUGGUUUAGCAAGGAUGGUCGUGGGGAAGAACAGCUUCGACAGCAUGUCGAUGAAGUUGCUCAGAAGUACUCGGAAAAGUGUAAGAAACUUCAGGGAACGUCUCAUUCGGUGCAAGACAGCGCCACUGCAAAACAAAUGACUCUACUUUUGGGAAAUGUCAUUGCCAAUCUUCAAUCAUACGUCUCUGGAAACCGGACCGAACAAACCAGCAACUUUGCAGACUUUGGAACUGUAAAACCUCAUUCCCGCGAGCCCAGCCAUGGUGGACGCCGCAGUUACUUUGAUCGAGAUCCUUCUGUUGAUCAAUGGAGACUACCCUCUGGCCGAGCUUUCUCUAGUUUGAGCAACAAUUCAGACAAGAAGCUCCCGCUAAGUCGCUUACAUCGAUCGUACGACGAGUAGUGACUGAGCUGAAUGAGGU